UAGUUUCAUCAAAAUAUGCUGAGUAUUUUUAGCAUUAUUUUUUAAAGAAUUUUGAAACAUUAUUCUUGUAAGAUAUUCUUUGGUUAGUGAGAUUUAGUAAUAUACGUUUUCAACAUUGAAACGAUGACUGAUUUUCGACAAUCAUUUGGUACUUCACAAUAUUCUACGUCGCGCCAGGGAACCGCACAGAGUAGGUUUUAGAAAGUAUAUCGGAAUGAAAUAUAUUUCAGCAAAAACAAUGUCUAGCAACGACUUAAAGAAAUGGAAUGAACUUUCGGAACUCGAAAGAUUAGAUUUUAUAAAAAAUUCAGCCACGGAUUGUAUCUUUAUCGUUGGUAAGACAACAGACGAAAUACAACGCAUAUCAUGCCACAAGAAAGUGUUAGCAGAAUGCUCAGAUGUGUUCAGUUCAAUGUUUAGUGGGAAUUAUUUUGAAUCGGAAAAAAAUUACGAAAUUUCACUAGAUGAUGUAUCUCCGCGUGCAUUUCAAUUUUUUGUCACCUUUAUAUAUUUCGGCGUUUAUCAAGGUAAAAAUUCAAUGAAAGACCUUGCACAGUUAGCUUAUUUAAGUGACAAAUAUAUGAUUUGUCCUUUAAGUACUGCUUGUGAAACGGAGAUAAAGGACAAAUUAAAGUGUGCUAUUACAUUAUCGGAAUUAGUUGAGUUACUAAAAUAUCAGGUCUUUCGACAGUAUCACAAAAUGAUUGAGUCGCUCCAAUUAAAAUGGGAUUAUGACGACUUUAGGCUAUCUUCACCAAUGCACAAUUUAUGUGCAUCAGGAUUUACAGUGCUCUUAAAAAAGCUAAGUAAAAUACUUUCUGCAGCGGAUCUUUUUGAAAUUGUUGAGAAUUACGUGACAUUCAAUUUUAUACAAGAAAAAAAUGAUAAAAAUUUACAUGAUACGGAAAUAAUGAGUGGAUCGAAUACAAUUAUAAUUGAACUAUUUCUAUCAAAGGUUCGUUUUCAGGAUAUGACGGCAGCAGAAUUUUGCGGUGGGCCAAUAAAAUCGUCUCUUUUAAAUGUAAACAGAAAGUUGAACAUACUUAUUGAAAUAUCCAAAAAAUACAUCCCAAAAAAACGUUUUGGAUAUUAUAAUGGCAAUUCUUAUGUUGAAAUAGAUAUAUAAAACAUGUUUAAGAAUGAAAUCUAGUAGUUUACACACUAACGUAUACAUAUAUGUAUGAAAUAUAUGUUAUGUUGGAAACAUACAUAUAUUCUAAUUCAGUCAU